AUGAAUCGUUUGAAAUGUGAAGAUAUUUUCUCAAUUAUUGAUAAAAAUGAAAAAUUAUCGAAAUUACCAGAUUCAAUUCUUGGAAAUACGAUAUAUUGCUUAAAAUUAAAUGCUGAUAGUAAAAACGCGUGGAAAGCUGAUAAAUUGAAAUGGGAUCAAUAUUCAACUGCAGAUAUGAAGGGAAAAUUUACGUGUCGAUAUUAUUCAUCAGCACAAAAAUCAGCGACAAAAUUAGAAUCGGAUCAAAAAUUAACAAAAAAAGUAUACACACUGGAAACCGAUCCGUUAACAAUUAUUGUUCAGUACUUAGGUGAUGUAAAAUUAGGAGUACCAUCAAAUCAUCGGCGGGCCGGCCAUAUGGCGAGAACGUCCACGUCAGAUAUCUUAACAAUGGAUUCAUCCGAACCUUCGUCGUCAAUGACAACAGUUAUCAGUCUAGAUGAGAAUGAAGUGACAACAGCACAACAUUCAUGA